AUGGCCCUUCAGAGUCUCUCAGACAUGGUUCCACUGUCAUCUAUGCAGUCAACGCGGGACUCUUCCAAUUGUACGCUCACCUACAUUGCUUCUCAGCCUCCUCAGCUUGGUCCCACCAGCACUGUCUACCAGGCAAUCAUGACAACCUUCCGAUAUGCUGUGGACUGUAGUAUCUGCACCGUCACAAAUGUCCCAAGUGUUGAUGUUCAGGGUCCCUUCACUACCAGAUCUACCAGCUCAAUGCUUACCGUCACCGAGAUCCAAUGCAUCCCUGAAGGUACAGCCAGCACCAGAAUGCACCAUGCUGCCCACGACAAUACUGCUGCCCCCUCCCCUAAGACUGCCAGCUGGAACGAAAUGGAAGACCUGAAGAAGUCACAUAUCAACCGUCGCUCUGACCAAGCCACAUCAGCUGCCCUGGCAGAUCUAGCAAGCAGCUUUGCCAAUGCUCUGCCUCCGGAUGUUUCCCUGCUCUCCGGUGGCCUGAGGGACGAGUUCACCGACAUUGCAUCCGCCAUGUUUGCGUUGAGCAUCUGCGACUCCGGCAUGGACCUGCAUGCGGCCUGUGACCAGCUGAACACUGAUCUGGUUGCAUACCAACUGUACCAGUCAUGGUAUGCCCCCAACAAUGUCAAGUCUAUCGUCUGCUUCUGUGCCUCUUACGGCUAUGACUUUGAUACCAGCCGUCAGCAGCUGUACGCAAGCCUUUAUGCUGCUCUCAUCGGCAUUCUUGCUGCUGCUGAUAUCACCACUGACCGAGGUCAAAUUUGUGACACUCUCAGCCUCUUCAAUCGGACGGGUCCUUCCUUGGGUAUCGACACCUCACAGUAUCACACCCUUGUCUGCAGCAGUAUCCCUACUCCCACUCCCACUACACCUCUCUGGUACGGAACAACUCCAAUUGUUCCAUAUGUCACCAACAAUAUGACCACCUGGGGCACUCCAACUUCCUGGGCUCCCAAUACUACUAUUUCAGGAACCGGCCUGCCAGGCUGGAAUGGGACAAACAACAGCACCACCUGGGGACCGCCCGUUUCUUACACUGGCACCAUCGGCAGUGACUGGUCCGUCACCGUCAACACUCAAACCAAUUGGACUGAGACCCAACCCACAGGAACAGGUGCAGCGUCUGAUACCGUAGAAUCCAACGGCACCUUUAUUGCUGCUCGUACACCACCGAGGGCCAAUGCCAUGCCAUUCUACCCUGCCACCACCACCACCACCCCAGCACCACACCCUGGUCUUUUCAAGCGAUACUAG